AUGGCUCGAAUACGUGAAGUAUGGGCCCCGAAUCUGGAGCAGGAAAUGCGAAAUAUCAGGAAUCUGAUUGACAAGUAUCCGUAUGUUGCAAUGGAUACAGAGUUUCCUGGUGUUGUGGCACGUCCUAUAGGAACGUUUAAGACGUCUUCGGACUACCACUACCAGACUAUGCGAUGUAACGUCGACCUUCUCAAGAUCAUUCAAGUCGGGAUCACUCUUGCGGACGAGAAAGGCCAAUACCCGCCCGACGUUUCAACGUGGCAGUUCAACUUCAGGUUCAGCAUUGACACGGACAUGUUUUCUCCAGAGUCUGUGGAUCUGUUAGAGAAGUCAGGGAUCGACUUUGACAGGCACGAGGAGAUGGGAAUCGAACCUAACGACUUCGCCGAGCUCAUGAUUUCCUCGGGACUUGUGUUGACGGACGAGACGAAAUGGAUAUCCUUUCACAGCGGAUACGACUUCGGAUACUUCGUCAAGCUGUUGACUGCCAUGUCAUUACCUACGACCGAGGACCAGUUCUUUGAAGUCUUGCGGACUUGGUUCCCCACAAUAUAUGAUGUGAAAUUCAUGAUGCGUGCCUGUAAGAUACUGAAGGGGGGUCUGCAAGAUGUCGCCGAUGACCUUGGUGUUGCUCGUCAAGGACAAUCACAUCAAGCAGGGUCCGAUUCCCUUCUGACCGCAUCCACCUUUUUUAAGAUGCGCGAGAUAUACUUCAACGACCGUCUAGACGACGCAGAGUACAACGGCAAGCUCUAUGGUCUCGGUCAAACAUUCUCCGUUCCAAACGGUUUGCCUGAC